CAUGCAUUGCGGCGACCAGCACCGGCGCAGUGAUGCGAUCGGGUAAAGCGCACGCGCAACGUUCCGAAGCGUCCGUCUCCCCGCCCACGCUAGGGCGCAUGUGCAGGGCCGACACCCCUCCACGUUUAUAACGGAAUUGGACUACAACCUCCAGCAAGCACUGCGGUGGGAGCGCAUGCGCAGUAGUGAAGUUGGACAGUGCGCAUGCGUAGAAUUCCGGAACGCCCCCGCCUGCCUCCCCAGGGCGCAUGUGCAGCCACCAUGAAGCGUCAAUAAGAGGCAAUAGGUGAGAUUUAUCCAAUACAAUUUAUCCAAUACAAUGACAAAUGUCAGUCCGCUGAAUGAUUUUAAACUGGGGGAAAGUAAAUCUUCUGUGCAGAGGGUUGAGGUUUGGAGGGGGAGAAAAUAUUGUUGAGUUCUCAUGGGCUUUUAACCACCUCAGGUCAAGUCGAAUUUAUUGUGAAUGUAAUUUUACAUAACUACAUUCUGUGCUUCUCAGCUGUUGUACUUCAAAUGACACUAUUAAUAUCACAAGUCAAGUCUAUUGUCAAACGCACAAUGACUGUGAAAUACAAGCACAAUGAACAUUUUACUUGCAGCAACAUCAUAGGCACCUAGACUCAGACAACACAUAAAAGAAUACAUUUUGCAUACAUUAAAGUGAAAAGAAAAAAAAUGCAUUGUUACAAAAAGCAAAACAUUAGUUCAGACAGGUCCAUGGUAGUGCUAGAGAGACACAGGGAACUGCAGAUGCUGGAAUCUUGAGUAAAACGCAAAGUGCUGGAGAAAUUCAGCUGGUCAGGCAGCAUCUGCGGAGGGAAUGGACAGGUGACGUUUCAAGUUGGGACCCUUCUUCAGAUAACGUAAGAGGUGGUCUUUAGUGUUCCGUUGCCGAAGUAGGAUUAGGGUUGUGUAGGUCAGUUCAAGAACCUGAUGGUGUUCACUUCCUGAAACUGAGGGCAUCCACAAGGAUUUGGCUGUCUGGCAGUCAUGGUCUCAAUGUGAAAAGCAAUUCUUGUACAACAACAUUAUAUGCAUGGAAUCAACAUAUGAUAUGUGAGAAUUAUUUGGGUAUAACUAACUAUUAGAUAACCUAGUGGUGGAGGGUCGGGUGGGGUGCAAAGUGUUGAAACUCCACUGCUGUUUUCUGCAGGGAUGCACAACUGAGGGAGGCGGAUGUAGCCUAAGUUUAUUGCAACUGAGAGCGGCGGCCUUAAUGAAUACCAGGGAACACGAUGUCUAUGAUCCUGUUUGCCUAUGUGGCUCGGGUGACGGAUGGGUUGCCGCUCUCUGCUUCCACGGACUUUGAAUACAGCACAGAGUUGCAAGAAUGUAAAAUGCAUCUGAAGAUUGUGUCCAAAAUGCUGGGGCAAUUUCCUGGCCGUGGAACGGUGAAGAACAAUCAGCUUCACAUACAUUUUACUUCUUCACAAGGUGUUGCCUACAUGACCAUCUGCUGUAGCUAUUAUCCUACAACAAUGGCGUAUUGUUUCCUAGAGGAACUUGGAAUGGAGUUUGUUUCUUCCUUUGAGGUUGCUAAAAUCCAGCUGGUAUCAAGACCUUACGCUUUUCUUGAAUUUGACAAUGUGAUACAGAAGAUAAAAUGGCAUUAUAACCAUUCUAACCGUCCAUCAUUAAAGAUCAGCGUGACAAAUAUCCAGAGGGAGCUAAAGGUGACGCCACCUCGACAGGUGAACCUGGAUGACAUUGUGAUCUCCAAUGGGACACUGAAUGGACAUCUCCAUUUAUGUUCUGGCUCUGCACCCAGUUACAGGCUGGAAAUUGUGAGUGCACUUGGGAUCCUAUCGGUUAUCCUUAACAUUGUAUGCGGAGCUCUCAAUCUCAUCCGUGGAGUUCACCUCAUCGAACACAACUUUCAGGACAGUAAUGAAGAAAAGGGAUCAGCUGUUGCAUUUCUUGUAGCUUUCAUUAGCUGUGCAUUUCAGGAAACAGUACAGUACGGCCACAAUGAAUCCCUGUGGACAAGAAUAUCAAUUCUAAUGUGGAUUAGAAGGUCAAUGCAUCACUGUUUGAAUAAAAUACAAGCUGCCAUUCAAAAGGUAGCUUUCCCUUUAAUCGCUUCACAUGUACAUCUUGAGGUAAAGUCUGCUUUAAUGUGAGUUAACUGUUCAAUGCUGAGCAUAUUUUCAUUUUAAGUAUCAUCAGUGCAUUCUAUUGAGAGUUAUCUGAAAUCCUCUUUAUCCAUGAACCUUAUAUCAGGAGAAAAAGCAGGAUUUCCCGGCAGAGAGUUUAUAUGCAAGGCAAUCGACCCUGGCUUAUAACUCAGCGGUAUGAGCGUUGAGUUCUCUAAUUUUAGGUAACUUAUACAAUUGCUACCUUCCUCUCCAUUCCUUGCUCCCCCCUUCUUUCACUUAAGGUUUCCACGCUGUAUCUCCAAACUAAACUAAAGACACUGCGUGGAAACGGGCCCAUUUUCGCAUCCUACACACUAGGGGCAAUUCACAGAAGCCAAGUAACCUCCAAACCCUCCAAGCCUUUGGGAUUUGGGAGGAAACCCAAGUAGUGACAGGGAGAAUAUGCAGUCUCUGUACAGCAACAAACCCAGUUCUCUGGCACUUGAGCAGCAGGCCUCCCACUGCAUCACUGUGCUGCCAUACUUGCAGCAGCACAACAGGUCUGUAAACACAGUAUUCAAUAGAUAAUAUGAAAAAUAAAUAAAUAAAUAAAUCAUGAGAAGAAUCGAUUGGGUAAAUGCAGAGUCUUUUACCCAGAGUACGGGAAAUCGAGAAUCAGAGGACAUGGGUUUAAGGUGAGGGGGGAAGGAUUUAAAAGGAACCCGAGGGGCAAUGUUUUCCACACAGGCAGUGAAGGGGGAUAUAGAAUGAGGUACCCGAGGCAGAUACUACAACAGCAUACAAAUCAUAUUUGGACAGGUACAUGGACAGCAUAGGUUUGGAGGGAUAUGGGCCAAACACAGACAGGUGAGACUAGCAUAGACGGGGCAUGCAUGUCAGCAUGGGCAAGUUGGGUUGAAGGGCCUGUUCCAUGUUGUAUGACUAAACUUAAAAAAAGCAUUAUUGCUGCAAAAUAAUAGCCUGCCCCUAGUUCAUAGUUUGGAGCUUAGUUGUUGUUGUAGUAUUCAAUAACCUGACGGCUGUUGGGGAAAAAACUGUUCCUGAACCUGUGAAAUAAAUGGAGGGGAGAUUUGGUCAAUAGGAUUGCUAUUUUUGUGGAACCAGCAUGGUACUGAUGGUCUGCUGGUGUUGCAGUUAGUGUGCAAGCAAAGGUGUACUGCACUUGUACUUAG